AUGUCCAAGCCCAACAACAUCUACCACCGCAACCGCGACGACACCAUCGAGGCCACGACCCUCCUGUGGCGCGCCCUCUGCGACUCGAACCCGAAAAAGUCCCUCAAGAAGUACCUCGGCGACGACGCCAUCCUCGUCCAGGUCGACGGCACCCUCGUCUCCAAGGACACGGAGCCCUCGCUCGAGGAGUACCUCGAGGACAUGGAGCCCUGGACCGCCUACCGCAUGCAGGACGCCGACGACGCCGACUUUGUCGAGAUUGACAUGAUGUCCACGUCGCUGACCUACCGCGUCACCGUCUGGCAGCAGAUCGGCGACGCCAAGGACCGCAUGAAGCCCACCGAGGCCAUCUGCACCGAUGUCUGGCGCCAGAAUGCUGGCGGCGACUGGACCUGCUGCGUCCACCACAUGGCGCCGGCCUAG